AUGUCCGACCUGGGAAGGACUGAGGCCGUCAAGAAGCUUCCCAAGAAGAAGAAGAAGGAGGGAGAGGUCUUAUCAAAACAGAUUGCAGGGAAAUCGCCUACUCAAAAGAAGCCCAAGAAGAAAAGCGACGUUGAAGAGGUACCGCAGGACAGUGCGCCUCCACAACCGUCGGCAGAGGACGUCAACAUGCCGGAGAGUUCCAACGUGGUGAAGGAUACCAUCGAGCAAGAAGUGAAGCUGGAUAACUCGGAGGACCAGAAGGUGAAUUCGGAGCCAUCCAAGCCGCAGCCGGUAGAAGAAGGGCCUCUCGAGAAGGAAUCGACGGAAGUAGAGAACGAAAAGAAAGUCGGAGAUGUGAAUGAAGAAGUUAACAACACAAUAGAAGAAAUGAGGAAGAAGAUAGGAGAAGUACGGGUGAUUGAGAGCAUCGAAGAGGACAAGGCGAUAGUUGUACACACACCAUCCAAGUCAGCUCAGUACAAGGUAAGGUCUUUCUAACAGUACCUACUCUUAGCGAUGAUAAAACAAUAUUAUCUUAUUGGGCAUCUUUAUCUAUGUUAAGUGUUGUCGACAAAUAUUGACAAAUGCCUCGUUUAUUUAAUAAUUAAUAAUGGUAAAUUAAAAAGUUCAUUCUGAUAAUAAAGUGGUUUUGGUUUCAUUGCUAUGGAAGUAUACCAUUGAGCAGUUUUUCUUCGUUUAUUCAUUUUUCACUUAUAAUUUUAAAAAGAAAUAAAAAAACUAAAUUUCACUAAGGCAUCAAACAGAAAAGCAUAUGAUUGUUCAUUAC